ACUCCAGCCUGAGCAACAGAUGGAAACUCUGUCCUUAAAAAGGAAAAAAAAAGACAUUUGCAGUCCGAAUCCAGCAAUCAGUGAAAAGAAAAUGCCUGGUAUGCACACGGGGUGUUCUGGGAACAGCAGGUCCAGCAUUCAGACAUCUGUGGCCCCCUUGGCAGUGCCUGGGUAUCUCUGCCCGUUGGCCCCCACAGCUGCCUGGACCCAGUUGCUUCUCACAUGGGGGCUUCGAAGUCCCUCUGGCCUUCUGGAAAGGUGGCAAGAGCCACCCAGAAGUUCAUUUUUCUUCCUGUUUUCAGCCUCUCUUGCCAGCGGCUGACAGGCCGGUCCACGGUGAGGAUGUGUGGUCGGCUGGGUACUGUCCUGGGCACACCUGCCCCCUCACCGCCUCCUCAUCAGACCACCAGCCCAGAGGUGGCUCCUGCUGUCAAAUGGGGAGAGGGGUCCUGACCCCCUUCCUGCCUGGGAGCCUGUGUUCCUGCCACGUCCCACCUCCUCAUGGCUGCUGGUUAGAGCAAGGUCUGAGCUGGCCCUUGCAAACAUUGCCCCUGGAGAUGCCACAGCCCGGUGGGGUCUCUGGUUUAGUGUAGGGCUCAGCUCAUGGCAUCUCCAAGUUGUGUGUCCUCCCUCAUGCUUCAGAGAGCAGCCCCCGCAAGGGUCCUCAGUUCCCGACAGGAGCACAGGGGACCUGGGGCCAGAUGUCUAUUUUCCACAUGGAGACGAUGCCCUCAAGGCUGCUUUGCGUGACGUAGCCAUCAGCUGGCGUUGCAGCAGCAUAGAAAAAUCCAUAUAGAAAGAUCUGUGUAGAAAGAUCCACAUAGAAAGAUCUACGUAGGAGGACCCACGUAGGAGGACCCACUGGAUUCUCCUCCACUGCAGACUCAUGUGCUGUCACUGUCUUUGUUUAGUUAGAGGAGUGCUUGGACUCGGCGUGAUUUUUGGACUCUGGACGUUACAAAAGGAAGUGAGACGGCAGUUUGGGGCCAUGGUGGCCACCAUGUUCUGCUGGGUGACGGCCGUGCAGUUCCACCUGAUGUUCUACUGCACGCGGACACUGCCCAAUGUGCUGGCCCUGCCCGUAGUCCUGCUGGCCCUCGCGGCCUGGCUGCGGCACGAGUGGGCCCGCUUCAUCUGGCUGUCAGCCUUCGCCAUCAUCGUGUUCAGGGCGGAGCUGUGCCUGUUCCUGGGCCUCCUGCUGCUGCUGGCCUUGGGCAACCGAAAGGUUUCUGUGGUCAGAGCCCUUCGCCACGCCAUCCCAGCAGGGAUCCUCUGUUUAGAGAUAGUCUUGCUCUGUCCCAGGAUGGAGCGCAGCGGCAUGAUCGUGGCCCACUGCAGCCUUGAACUCCUAGGCUCCAGCCAUCUUCCCACCCAGCCCAACCUCUUUUAUAUGAAAACAGCUUGUAGUUUCUGUAGUGAUGGCGGCUGCAUUGUAGCGGGAUGUUUACUGAUGGCUGUGUUUGUGACUGAGAAAUUCUAUUUUAUUUUAUCAGGACUGACGGUUGCUGUGGACUCUUAUUUUUGGCAGCAGCUCACAUGGCCGGAAGGAAAGGUGCUUUGGUACAAUACUGUCCUGAACAAAAGCUCCAACUGGGGGACCUCCCCGCUGCUGUGGUACUUCUACUCAGCCCUGCCCCGCGGCCUGGGCUGCAGCCUGCUCUUCGUCCCCCUGGGCUUGGUAGACAGAAGGAUGCACGCGCUGACGGUGCUGGCGCUGGGCUUCGUGGCACUCUACUCCCUCCUGCCACACAAGGAGCUACGUUUCAUCAUCUAUGCCUUCCCCAUGCUCAACAUCACGGCUGCCAGAGGCUGCUCCUACCUGCUGAAUAACUAUAAAAAGUCUUGGCUGUACAAAGCGGGGUCUCUGCUUGUGAUCGGACACCUCGUGGUGAAUGCCGCCUACUCGGCCACGGCCCUGUAUGUGUCCCAUUUCAACUACCCAGGUGGUGUCGCGAUGCAGAGGCUGCACCAGCUGGUGCCCCCCCAGACAGAUGUCCUUCUGCACAUUGACGUGGCAGCCGCCCAGACAGGUGUGUCUCGGUUUCUCCAAGUCAACAGCGCCUGGAGGUACGACAAGAGGGAGGAUGUGCAGCCGGGGACAGGCAUGCUGGCGUACACACACAUCCUCAUGGAGGCGGCCCCUGGGCUCCUGGCCCUCUACAGGGACACACACCGGGUCCUGGCCAGCGUCGUGGGGACCACAGGCGUGAGUCUGAACCUGACCCAACUGCCCCCCUUCAACGUCCACCUGCAGACAAAGCUGGUGCUUCUGGAGAGGCUCCCCCGGCCGUCCUGAGGGGGACCAGGCAGCCCUCAGCAGCCACAGGCCUUCCAGGAGCUGUUAUUGCUACCAGUUUCUGGCACAAUUCCAGCACAAUUAUGACAAUUCAGAGAAGCAAGUCAAAGAACUGGGCACCUGCCUCUGACAGACACCAGACCAGGGCCAGGGCCUCCUCCACAGCCUCACCUGGGGCUGUUAGCACCAAAGAAUGAGGGGCCCAGGUCUUAUUGGCACCCCGGGAGCCACUGCCCAGGGUGAUGGUGGCCAGCUCAGGGCUUCCUGCGGGUGACUUGCCCAGACCAGGUGCCAUUCAUGACUAAUCAGGAGCAACGGGCUCACCCAAGCACCUGUCUGCCAGGAGGCCAUGUGUGUCCUGCCCACACGGGGGGAGCUGUAUUUUGGCAGCACCCCACACCUGCUGCCCGAGGGCCUCUUGGGGCACCUAAGACAGCACCCCCUCUCAGGGGAGACCAUGGUGGCCCCGGCCGCCCCCCCCCACCUGCUGCCACCACUGCAACUUUUGUAUUCACAGGCAUCCCAUCUCCAUCACAGAUAAAAUUUUAGGAGAUAAACACAUUCAAAAAGGAAUGAGAUAAAAAGAAUAAGGCAAUAAAUGUUGAUUGGAACCUUUCAAGAUUAUAGAAAA